AGAAGAGAAGGCGGAGGAGAGAGCGAGAGGGAAAACCAGGAGAUAGUAUUAAACCCCACGACCAUUGGGGUCUUGUAUGUACAGUGGAGAUACUACUAAAGCCCAUCUUUUCUCGUCUUCAUUCUUCAAAGGACAAGUAUCGGUCUCCUUUUCCGGCUGUAUGUAACAACAUGACAGGCGUUUGUAACGAAUGCUCCCGUUUUCCUUACAUCUCAAUUCGUUCGCGGAAGAUCCAUCAGUGGGGCUCGGCAGCGCUGCUUGUCUCUCAUUUGAACCGUUCGGUCUAAUGGGAGUCGUGUAGCUUCAUUAUUAACACUCUGACGGUGGUGGUGAAUGGCAAAUAAUGCGUCUAAUCCAGUUUUUCCAAGACCAUUGUUUUGUGCAAUGUGAGCUUGAUCGACUCUGCUGUGUCGUUACGUGUUGAGAGGAGGGAGGAUCUUCCCCAUCAUUGUUGAAUCACGCUUUGGGCUUAACGCUUCGGUCUUCCGUCAUUUGGAAACCAUUUGGAUGUGAUACUAAAUAAAGACAGAAACCUGGACCUGAACCUGGGGAGACAGUGGGCCUGGGGAGACAGUGCAGACCUUUGUGUAAUUUGUCUGAAAACAUUUUUAUCUCCAUAUUUUAGAGACCCCGGAGUGUGCAUAUCAAAAGCGUAGCUGAGGGACCAUUGAAGAAGAAAGGGGGGAGACGAGGAGAUUACGCCAGGGGUGGGGAAAAUGCUGCCUUCGCAAGAAGCCUCCAAGAUUUACCAUGACAACUACAUGCGGAAUUCGCGGGCCAUUGGGGUUCUGUGGGCUAUUUUCACCAUAUGUUUGGCCAUUAUUAACGUGGUGGUGUUCAUUCAGCCCUACUGGAUUGGGGACAGCGUGAACACCCCACACGCCGGCUACUUCGGCUUGUUCCACUACUGCGUGGGCACUGGGAACUCCAACCGGGAGCUCACCUGCCAAGGAACCUUCGCCGAAUUCAGCAGCAUCCCUUCGAGCGCAUUUAAAGCGGCAACCUUCUUCGUGUUGCUGUCCAUGGUGCUGAUCUUGGGAUGCAUCGCCUGCUUCAUCCUCUUCUUCUUCUGCAACACCGCCACUGUCUACAAGACCUGCGCUUGGAUGCAGCUGCUAUGUGCGGUGUGUUUGAUCCUGGGCUGUAUGAUCUUUCCGGAUGGCUGGGACUCGGAAGUGGUGCGCGACAUGUGUGGCGAGGAGACAGGGAAGUACACGCUGGGGAACUGCUCGGUGCGCUGGGCCUACAUGCUGGCUAUCGUUGGCAUCAUGGACGCCCUCAUCCUCUCCUUCCUGGCCUUCGUGCUGGGCAACCGGCAGAACGACUUCCAGCUGGAGGAGCAGCUUAAAGCAGAACAAAAAGAUUUUGCAGUGUCCAGGAUUGAAAUCCGGGAGUCCAAGGAUCCACGAUACGGAGUCCAACGGUUCCACUGAGCCCCACCCCCCAACAGUUUCAGACCCUCCUCUUCAUCUCCUCUGCUCAUUCGCCCCCAAAGACCAUAGCUCUUCAGGUCUAACAACUGAUCUCAGAGUGGAGCUGUCUGUAAAAUAGAACUGAAAUGGAAGAUAUUCAAAAAGAGAAACAAUUUGAAGAGAAAUUAUAAAAAGGAAUAUGAUCAGCUUUAUAAAACUCUGGGGGGAAAAAAUGAUAUACAGUAUUAAUUAAUUAUCACAUAAUAUUACUAUAACAAAGGUAAUGAAGUUAAUGAUGAUGCUUGCAGCAGGCAUAUUCUAUGAAAAUCUACAUAUUUUUAUUCGGAAUGGAAAAUGAGUCAUUUCCAGCUUUAAAAAUAACCAUUUAAGAAGUGCAUUUGUACAAGUGGGUGCUACUUCUGAGAUAUCUAAUAAAAGAAGACAAAAAAGGAAGAAAAAAACACAAACAAGAAUUUUGUACAGCGACAGUCAUUUUGAAGACCAUCUUUUUUUCUGAGAGAUUUUCAACUUCCCCCUUUUUGUACAUGAGGUCUGGUCCCAGGAAAUACAAAAGAAAAAGACGUGUAAAUAAGGUGUUUCUAUGGAAACAGGGUAGAAAUAGCAUUUAUUACCCCAUAAUUAUCAUCCCUUGAAACCCUUCGGAAUAGCAACCCCUUUCUGAUCAUCGUCUUGGUAAAGGAAGUGUGGAUUAUCUGCACCAUUUCUUCUCUUCUCCCCGUGUAAUUUGAUCUACCAACAUCCUUGAACCAGAAAAGCCAACAGGAGCAACGACAGUGGUAAUGGACCGAAUUAAUUGACAGGCAUUGUAAAGAAAAGACUUCACUGCUGUCAACUCUUUCAAUCGACAGAAUUUCAGUCACAGUCCUGCAUCUAAACUCACACUCUUCGAAAAAAAAGGUUCUGAUAGAAGCAAAAAAGGGUUCUAUCACUUGUUACAAAUAUGGAACCCUUUUAUAGGGUUUCUGAUCAGAACUCCCAAGGGUUCUUCUUCACUGAAACAAAGUUGGUUCCAUAUAGAACCCUGUAUGGUGCCAUUUAUUAAUUAUGGUUAAUGCUAAUAAAUUGUCAUAUGUUUAGCUAACAAUAUAAUUUAAUAAACAAUAAAUAAUGGAGAAAAGAAUACCAGCAUAGUUUUGAGAUUUUACUGUCAUUAUAUACAAACAGUUUGGAAAUAUGCACUGGUGGCCAAGGAGGCAUCUGUUUGUUUGAAUGAUGGGCCAUGUCAAUAUUGGUACCAACUCUAGCUGACUUCUGUAUGGAACAGUACAGUAAGGGUUGUUUUCUAGGCUGGUUCCUGAAAAUAAGAAAAAAAGGACCAAAAAACCUGAGUUUAAUCUUCAGAAAUAAGCAUGAGUUGAUCUGCCAAAAUGAAGACAAAAUUGUAAAAGAACAACGUACAUUGAGUUGUCAGCAGCAGCCGAAAGAGAUCCUCUGAUAGUUGGGUUACUGCCAGACUGAGUAAAACAGUGUGUUAAAAGUCAUGUAAUGAUUAACUAGGCUAUUGAAUCACCAAGACUUAUAAAUAAUGAGGAAUAAUUUAGAUGCAUACCUCCUGUCAGCCCACUGCCCAUCACUUGCAUUCUUUAGAGGUCAGCAACAGUCUUCUAAUGGCUUCAUGAAACAUAGUCCCCUCAUCUGACUACAGUGAAAUACUGAAAUAAAAGUAACAAUUAUAUAAUAGCCAAUGUCAGGCUGGGUCUGUAGCUCUAUUUGGCAUAUUCAAUAAUAAAAAGUCAUGUUUUUUUGUAAGAGUUGCUAAUAACUGAGCUAACUAGCUUGUAAAGUGUCUAAUUAAACUAGGCUAAUUUCUUGUCUAGCUAGCUAGAUAACAAAUGGUGCUCAAAUUCUAAUACAACUUUAUCUAUCUAGCAUAGCUAGUUUAUCUAUCAUAUGGCUGGUGUCAUAUUUGAAUGAAAUAAUAAGUAAACAUUAUCUUAAUAAAUGGAAAAAUAACAUGCUUAUUGGUAGGCUAUUUGCAAGUUUAACCACCGUCAUGCUGGAAUGGCAGUUGGUUUUUGAAUCAGAAUGGAAGUUAAAAUUUGAAUAGACCAUAAGGUUCUACAUAGAACCCCUUUUUUAAAUCUAAGAGUGUAUGUUUUGAUUAAAACACAUGAUUUAUUCUUGCUUUUAGCUAGCAUUUAGUUUGCAACAGAUUUGUAUGAACCUUGCUGUUUGCCACUCCGACCUCGGCAACAAUGUUACAAAACGCGAAUUCGAUCUCCCGCCUGCCAUAGUGUUUAAAAAUGUCAGACGUCAGCUAGCCAUUUUUCUGACCAGGCGAUGGAUCUCCCCUAAAAUGUGUUGGUGUUAAGUCCUUGGUCUUUUAUAUUCCUGAAUUAUCAUUCAUACCUUCGAUUGGGAAAAUGGUGAACUUCACAGUCCCAAACCAAAGAAUGAGGAAAACCCUAGUGAAAGUUAAACAAGGUUAAGACAUGUCUAGCAGUUGUUGCAUAACAUUAGCUGAACAUUUGUUGCUGUAUGAAAGAAAAAUUAGUCUAUCGCAACCUAAUGGUACAAGCAAAAUAGCCUUUUUCAUACGGUCAUCUUAAUAUCAUUGUGAAAGCAGGCCAGAGUACCAUAAAACUUAAAUGAAACAGUCUCAAAUAGCCGCCUGUCCCUUUUAAUAACUGUGCAGAGGCACAAAUUUCAGCAAAAAAACACCUGUUUCAAAUAUACCCCGGGUCUAAAUUAAUUGUUUACAAUGUUACCAUGAAUUACUAUGAAUUGUUAACAAGGCUUAAUGUUUGAUUUAUUACAUUAAAUAAUUCUGUAAUGACUCUAAAAAAGGAUGGCAAUCAGUUGUUACCGCCAGUAAGAGAAACUGCAAGCCUUUGGCUGCUAAUAGCUGAGAACUGGCAAACAAAAGACCGCUAGAAAUCAGCCAAUCGCUAUCUAGUUGCGAAAGUAAGAACUGACAAAUGCACACAGUCAUUGUAAAGAAUAAUUAUUCUGUCAAGGAACUGAAAAAUAAUCAUUGUUCAUGAUUUACAUUUUUUUUUAAACAUUAAAUGCUGUGACAGCAGAGAAUAAAACAAUUAAUACAAGUCCAAUGAUGGUAGUGGCUGCCCAUUACUGUGUAUCACUUAUGAACCAUAAUUUAUUCACAUUACUUUAAUAAAAUAUUUCAGUUGCUGAGUAUAUUAGUUGUUUUAGGCCUAUUUGACGACUUUAUUUCAUUCCAAGUAAUCUCAUCUCUAUAGAGCUGCUGCCUAUGCUCUCUGACAAAAUCACUAUUUUGGUAGUUUCUUCCUCUCGAUCACACCACACAGACCAGAUAAGUAGGCAUACAAUGGAUUAUGGUAAUUGUAGUUCAUUACCACGUUUUCUGCACUGUUGAAUAUUGGCCUGUUGGAAACUACAUCUCCCUACUAUACCACGCAGUUUGCGCUUGAUCUGAUUUAUCUCUAGCGACUAAAUAGAAUUCUAAUAAUUGAACCGACGUUGGUCAAUUACAUUUUGGUUCAUCUUUCAACACUAUAUGUUAGACCCUGACACCUUAGAUGCCCAGAGAUUUUCUCCUACACUUUUCACAGAUCUUCUUACGGUAAGGCUUAGCUGCAGGUCAAAUUACAUACAGAGAAUUGUAGGUCGUCCCUGCCCUCGAAUCUUAAUUCUGCACCAACAUCGCGCACUGUGGUUGAUUUGAUUCCAUAUCUAACCAAUGUGAGCUCACCAUUUUUGGAUCACAGAUCCCAUUUUUGGAUCUGAUUUAAAUAAAUACAGGACAUCCCGGGGUUGUUCUCCAACGGUGAGUAGAUGAAGUGUCCCGACAUGUCUUGGGUCAAUAUAACUGGUGUCAUCUUAAGGUCAGUGAGGUUGCCCUCUUGUGCUGCAACACCAUCGUAAUGUCUUGCCUGGCUAGACUAAUGGGAUGUUGGAUGUGGAGCAAAGGUUAUCAAAGCGGUCUCUUUAGGUGGUGGACAGACUCCUCUGUGGUGCUUUUCCAACCCAGCAAUGUCCCUAUACCUUAAAUCCCCCAUACUUGAACUUUGAACCUCCAAUAUAGAUUAGGAAAUAGAAGUGCGCCUCUUUUGAGAUGUAGCAAAUAACAAAGGAGAAUGAGCUUACGAAGAACAACAAAGGGAGAGGAGGAGGAACCCAGCAAAAUGGCGGCAAAGCCUGACAAUCAAACACAGUCGACGUCCUACUGUAGACAUCAAGCAGAGACAGGUACUCUUUCUUUGCCCCUCUCCUCUCCUUAACCCAACACCCCUUCCUCUGGCUCCCGUGGAUCAGCCUUUCUAAAAUGAGGACUUAAAUGCAAAAAUAUGUUUCCUUGGUAGUAUUUGAAUGAAUCAGUGUUUUUUUUUCUCCCGGGCCAUUGCCAGACCGAUCGUUUCCGUUUAGCGGGACUCUUUUGAAGGAAAGUGUCGUUCUCAGGCCUUUUAUCCACCUGAGGGACAUGGAGACUAAAUACUGGUGUAACAACUGACCACAGAGGGAUAUGAAUGGGGAUAUGAAAAGAUAGAACAAAAAUAUAUAUAAUUUGGUGUGCUUAGUAUCACUUUCCUUUCACUUGUUUUCUAAAUGUCUGUUCUCUUUUCUGGUUAUGUUUAUAAAGACAAUAUGACGGGUGGGGGUACCUCAUGGUUGAAUACUUGGACCCGUACAAAUAUUUGGAGAGUUUUAUAUUUUGCAGAACGUCCAGUGUUUUGUACCCUCACUAGGCUGUUUUGAACAGUGCCAUGUGGCUCAUCUUUCAUUAGGAGCUUCACUGGGCUAGUCUCUUGUAAACCACUCUUGCACCCCAUUGGCCUGACAGCAGCAAUGACAACAUCCUGAUGGUUUCCUCAGGACAGAGCUUCCAAAGGGUCACUUUAGUCCAUAUAUUGCACUACUUCUGUCACCCUAUUCCCUAUGUAGUCCACUACUUUUAAACAGAAUCCCUUCUUUUGACUAGGACUCUGGUCAAAAUGUGUAGAGUACAUAGGGAAUAGGGUAACAAAAGUAGUGCAAUACAGUAUAUAGGGAAUAGGAUGGCAUUUCAGACGCACCCUUUGUAUAGCCUUUUCAAAGCAGAUUUCUACUCUCAUCCCAGCCUCAAAUGAAAUGUGUAUGUAACAGAGGAACUUCUGUCUUCUCCAUCUUGCAUACAGCCAAGUAUAAUUGAAAUUUAUUGGGAUGGUUCUAAUGGGAGACUAUUUCAUUUUUGUAUUAUCCCUCUUGUUUUACUGUGACUUACAUCAAAUAUCUCUGAACCUCUUUAUUAUGAAUCUUUUAUUUUAAUGUUAUUUUUUUAACAAAUCUCUUGUCUACAAUGAAACCUGUCAGCAAAUUGCCAUAUCAAUUCUUUAACUUGAUAUGAUAUCUGGUAUGAUAACUGACACAAACAUGUACAGUGCAUUUGGAAAGUAUUCAGACCCCUUCACUUUCUCCACAUUUUGUUACGUUACAGCCUUAUUCUAAAAUGGAUUUCAAAAAAAAUACAAAUCCUCAUCAAAUCGACACACAAUAACCCAUAAUGACAAAGUGAAAACAGGUUUUUCAAAAAGUUUGCAAAUGUAUUAAAAUAAAAAAAAAAUGAUACCUUAUUUACAUAAGUAUUCAGACCCUUUGCUACGAGGCUUGAAAUUGAGCUCAGAUGCAUCCUGUUUCCAUUGAUCAUCCUUGAGAUUAUUCUACAACUUGAUUGAAGUCCAUCUGUGGUAAAUUCAACUGAUUGGACAUGAUUUGGAAAAGCAUACACCUGUCUAUAUAAGGUCCCACAGUUGACAGUGCAUAUCAGAGCAUAAACCAAGUCACGGGGUCGAAGGAAUUGUCCGUAGAGCUCCGAGAUAGGAUUGUGUUGAGGCACAGAUCUGGGGAAGAGUACCAAAAUGUUUUUCUGCAUCAUUGAAGGUCCCCAAAAACAGAGUGGCCUCCAUCAUUCUUAAAUGGAAGAAGUUUGGAACCACCAAGACUCUUCCUCGAGCUGGCUGCCCGGCCAAACUAAGCAAUCGGGGGAGAAGGGCCUUGGUCAGGGAGGUGACCAAGAACCCGAUGUUCAAUGACAGAGCUCCAGAAUUCCUCUGUGGAGAUGGUUAUCCUUCUGGAAAGUUCUCCCAUCUCUGCAGCACUCCACCAAUCAGGCCUUUAUGGUACAGUGGCCAGACAGAAGCUACUCCUCAGUAAAAGGCACAUGACAGCUCGCAUGGAGUUUGCCAAAAGGCGCCUAAAGACUCCCAGACCAUGAGAAACAAGAUUCUGAUGAAACCAAGAUUGAACUCUGGCCUGAAUGCCAAGUGUCACAUCUGGAGGAAACAUGGCACCAUCCUUACGGGUGAAGCAUGUUGGUGGCAGCAGCAUGCUGUGGGGAUGUUGUUCAGCGGCAGGGACUGGGAGACUAGUCAGGGUGAGGGAAAGAUGAAAGGAGCAAAGUAUAGAAAGCUCCUUGAUGAAAACCUGGACCUCAGACGUUUCACCUUCAAACAGGACAACAACCCUAAGCAUACAGCAAAGACAAUGCAGGAGAGGCUUCGGGACAAGUUUCCUUGAGUGGCCCAGCCAGAGCCCGGACUUGUAUCCGAUCUAACAUCUCUGGAGAGACCUGAUAAUAGCUGUGCAGCGACGCUCCCCAUUCAACCAGACAUGGCUUGAAAGGAUUUGAAGAGGAGAAUGGGAGAAACUCCCCAAAGACAGGUGUGCCAAGCUUGUAGCGUCAUACUGAAGGAUACUCGAGGCUGUAAUCACUGCCAAAGGUGCUUCAAAAAUGUACUGGGUAAAGUGUCUGAAUACUUAUGUAAAUGUGGUAUUUCCAUUUUGUAUUUGUAAAAAGUUGGCUAACUUUUCUAAAAACCUGUUUUUGCUGUGUGUGAAAAGAUGAGGGGGGAAAAAACUAUUUAAUUAAUUUUAGAAUAAGGCUGUAACAUAACAAAUUGUGGAAAAAGUCAAGGGGUCUGUUAGUUAUAUGAUCUGUUAUUUGAAUCACACUUUGAUAUGUUCUACUGAAAUGUGCCAAAAAUUACAUUUAAAUUCUAUAAAUAGUCUUAGUCUUAGUGUCUAGCAUCCCUACAGAUGAGUCUUAUGUCAAACCACACUCCCUGAGAUGAGUUUGUGAAUUCAAUAUACAAGAUAUGCUGUACCAAUUAUCAGGUUUCCAUCCAACCUUUUCAGGUGAGUAAAGUACAUGUCCAAUAAAACAUUUCACUACAGGCCUGAUGGAAAUUUUUUAAGUCAACUUUCCAAAUGUUGACAAAACAAAAUACGCUAGACAUCUUUUUGUGUAGGUCAAAUUCAUUAUGCGAGAAAUGGCGGUGGAAGUGCCAUUAUGCGCAAAUAUUGAUAUCAUAACCAUUGUAUCGAAGUAAAGUCACACAAUGAUAUGUUGUGUGGUCCUCCCACUACAACUUGGGAAAGCAUGCAGUUUAUCAGGGUACAGAUUAAAUAAAUUAUGAGUUUCACAGGGUGGCGAAAGUGCACGGUGAUGAGCUUGAUGCUCCUUUCCAAUAAAUAUUGAGGGUCUUAUUUUGGUGAAAUAAUGAUCGAUAGUUGGCUGCGAUUUUACAAAUAAAAAUAAUUGAAUCGUCUGGGUUUGAAAUACAAGACUGCUACAACCUAAUUGGCUGAACGCGGAGCGCAACAUCAGGAAGUAGCAUUACGAGGUAUUAACGACUCUUGCAUGGUGGAGGAAAAUUGUUUCAUAAAGAAAGUAUGCAUAUUUUCCCCGCCUUCUCGCCAUUAAAUUAAGUUGAAGCCUUUGUAGCCUGAAUGGAGAAUGCUUUAUGUCGGAACCGGUCGCAGGGGGACGUGAGUGUAUUACAGGCUGUGCACAUCAAGCCAGACGAUAGUGGAGAUCCAUAAGGCCCACUAGUGGCUGCCAAGGGUAGGUAUAGUCACAUGCACUGUCACUUUUACUUAAGAAUCUGUUUUUCUUUUUGUUCUUUCUCUGAUCAAAAUGUGCCAAAACAAAACUGAAAUUGUGGAAUACUUUAUGUGCAGAUACCUGUUGAAUGCUUUUCCUUUUAAAUAUUUUUUUUUGUUGCUUUGCUAUAGUCGUAAUGUUAUUUUCUAUCGUAAUGAGAUGAAGUGAUGUCUCUUGAUGUUAUGAAAAUGGAAUGUUUAUGCAAGAUUGUGCAGCAGGAGAGUCCACCGUGACAGAUAUUGUCACACACCACUUUAACAUUGUUAGUGUUGUCGUUUUAAAGAAAAAAAAUGAAAUAAAUCAAUUGAAUAUCA